UCAUUUUGACAGCCCGCAGUCAGUUCGAAUUCAGCACGCUGUAAGUCUUUAAGCUGAAUGCGUUAGUAUUUGCUGAAGUGGACCACGAUUUCAAUAUGGCAAAGUCCCUUAUCCUGCCCGUUGUUGUACUCAGUUUUCUCGCUUUGGGCUCCAGUAGACAUGUAAACUUUGCAGACUGUGGGAGUCUAGCAAAAAUUAACUUUGUGGAUGUCAGUCCUUGUGUCAUGGAACCAUGUGAACUGAAGAAGGGGACUAAUGAGAGCAUUGAAAUACAGUUUAUACCAAACAGCAACAUCACAGAAGGUAAGACUGUUGUUUAUGGAAUCAUUGAGGGAGUACAAGUACCUUUCCCUGUUGAUAACCCUGAAGUAUGUAAAGAACAUGGAAUCACAUGCCCAAUGCCUGCCGAGAAGACACAAACAUUCAAAGCUACCCUUCCAGUCAAGAGCGAAUACCCUGCGUUGCAACUUGAUGUCAAAUGGGAACUGCAUGACCAGGAUGCCAAAGUGGUUUAUUGCUGGUUGCUGCCUGUCAAAAUUGUUAGCGGGCAAGAUGACUUUGUUGAAAUGUGAUUUCAGGCUUACUUAAUUUUUUGCCACUUCAAUUUCAAAGUGCAAAAAUGUUUAGUAACAAGACUUUUAACAAGAAGGAAAGUGUGCAUGAUGUUUUGUUUUUUAAAAAAUAAUGAUAACUGUAUUACUAAUUAGCAUAGAACAAAAAGAAUCUUUACAUUGAUUUCACUGAAAAGACUUGAAUGCAAUUUAUCUAAGGCACGUUUUAAUUAUAGUGAAAAAUAAUACUUUCAGUUUUGCUUUUGAAAAAAGAGGAUGUUUGUAAGUUGCUUUGUGUCACAUUAAAUUGCAGUCAAAAACUCA